CCCUCAGGGAGGGGCCAGCUGCUCUGUGGGCAGGGCCUGCGGGGAGAGCUGCUGCUCGCCACAUCCUCCCCUGCCUCCCCACCCUGUGCACGCGGCAGGGCAGCAGCCGCGCUCUGACAGACCCAUGGGGCUCUGCCGAGUGACCCAUGGGCUCCGGGGCCGACUGUUUGCUCCUCCCUGAGUGUGACUGACAGCCACACGGCUGCCUGCCUGCCUGCCUGUCUCUCUUUGCGUCUGCCCCGCUGGCCACCUGCCUGUCUGCUUGACUUCCCUUCCCCUGUCUGUCCGUCUGCCUGUCUGACCAGCCCUGGUCUGCUGUGGGUCUCUCCCUGGUGCAGUCGAUCUCUGUCCUCUGUCUGUGUGUGACCUCCCUGGGAUGUGACCGACCACUGCCUGUGACCCCGGCCGGCUCUCUCUGUGUGGCCUGCCUGCCUAGGGCCCGGGGCCAUCCGUCCCGGUGACAGGUCGUAGGCUUGUCUGGCUGGUGACUCAGGACAGGCUGUGGAUGCCCACCCCCUACACCUGCCUGCUCCCUCUGACUCCCGUCCCGCGCCCCCACCCCUGGAAGGCCACUGGAUUCCCCCCCGAGCACACAGAAUGGAUUCCUGAGGCAGAAGCUGGGACAGCAGGGCAAUGGGGAGCCACCGAAUGAUCCAGUUGCAACGGGGACGUGGCUGGGAGGGCCACAGCUGGGUGCUGGAGAGAUCAGGGAGGAGGCCGGCCGGAGGGCAGCCCCAAUCCCCGCCCGAGCCCCGCUGGAGAUGACGGCUGACCUGUGACCCUCCACUAUCCCGUUCCUGAAGCGUCAGUGAGGGAAAGACACGGGGAUCCCGAGAGCCAGCAUGCUGUGUGGCUGGGCGGCCCCUCUGUUCCUGCUGAUGCUCCAGGGUGCCUGGGGCUGCCUAGACCUCGUCUGCUACACCGAUUACUUCAAGACAGUCACCUGCACCCUAGAGACAUGGACCGUCCACCCAGGCACGCUCACCCUUACCUGGCAAGACCUAUACGGAGAACUAGUGGACGAGGUCACCUCCUGCAGCCUCCGCCGGUCCACCCACAAUGCCACACACACAGAGUACACGUGCCACAUGGAUGUGUUCCACUUCAUGGCCGACGACAUUUUCAGUGUCAACAUGACAGAUCAGUCCGGCAAUCGCUCCCAGGAGUGUGGCAGCUUUGUCCUGGCUAAGAGCAUCAAGCCGUCCCCCCCUUUCAAUGUGACCGUGACCUUCUCGGAACAUUAUAACGUCUCCUGGGACUCCAAUCACGAUUCCUAUCCUCUGAAGGGCAAGCUACAACAUGAGCUGCGGUACAGGAGGCAGGGAGACCCCUGGGCGCUGAGUCCGGGGAGAAAGCUGGUCUCCGUGGACGCGAGGAGCGUCUCUCUCCUUCCCUUGGAGUUCCGCUUUGACUCGGACUACGAGGUCCAGGUGCGCUCGGGGCCGCAGCCCGGCUCUUCCUUCCAGGGGACGUGGAGCGAGUGGAGUGACCCAGUCACCUUUCACACCCUGCCGGAAGAGCUAAAGGGAGACGGCCACAUCUACCUGCUGUAUAUCUUCCUGGUCAUUGUAGUCAUAGUCUUCUUGGGCCUGAAGAUCGACCUGCCUUGGAGGCUGUGUAAAGAGUGGAUACAGGUGCCCAGCCCAGAGCAGUUCUUCCAGCCCCUCUACGUGAGCCACAGCGGAGACUUCAGGAAAUGGGUGGGCACGCCCUUCACUGCCUCCAGCUUGGAGCUGGUGCCCUGGAGCCCAGAGGCGCUUUCGUCCCUGGAGACGCACACCGGCUGCCCGCCGCAGGGUGCCAGCAAGGGGCCGGAGCCCACGGAGCUGCCGGAGCCCGCGGACCUGGUGGAGGCGGACGGGGUGCCCGAGCUGGGCUUCUGGGGCCCAGCCCACUCCGUCGUCAGCAGCCUCGGUGGCUCAGCUUACAGCCAGGAGAGGGACCGGCCAUACGGCCUCGUGUCCAUUGAUACGGUGACCGUGGCGGGCACCGAGGGGCCCUGUGCCUGGUCCUGCACCUGCGGAGAUGAUGGCUACCCAGCCCUGAACUUGGACGCCAGUCUGGAGCCUGGCUCGAGCACUGGGGACCCGCUCUUGGACACAGAGACCACAGUCCUGUCCUGCGGCUGCGUCUCGACUGGUGGCCUUGGCGGGCCGGACAGCCCUCUGGGCAGCCUCCUCGACAGGCUGAAGCUGCCCCUCAAAGAUGAGGCGGGUUGGACCCCGGGGCCGCCCUGGAGCGGCGGGCCACCCCGAGGGGUGCCUGGAAGCGAGGCAGGCUCGCCCCCGGCCGGCCUAGACAUGGACACUUUUGACAGCGGCUUCGCGGGCUCUGACUGCGGGAGCCCUGUGGAGUGUGACUUCGCCAGCCCCGGGGACGCAGGGCCCCCCAGGAGCUAUCUCCGCCAGUGGGUGGUCAUGACCCCUCCACCUGAGGGAUCUGGGCCGCAGGCCAGCUAGCGAGGCCGACUGGCCGUCCGGAGCAGGCCGAGCCAUUCGGCCCUGAGCCAGAGCUGGGGGCCCCUGGGCCGGAGGGUGAAGCGGCCUGCAACCUCCCGUCCCCCCGACGGGGCCCCCGGGCCCAGUGUUUACGGCGACCCAGGUGCACACUGCUGUGUCCGUGUGUGACCAGCACAGCUGCCAGAGGGCAUGGAGCGUGCCGCGGUGAAGCCACGUGCCCGAGACCACACACGUCUGUGCCCACACGAGGUCCCCGUGUGUACGGAUGUGAGAAGCACAUGUAUCCGUGACUGUGUGCACGGGAUGCCAGCCUCGCUCCUCGCCAGAUACAUGGGGUGGCCCCAGGUCGUGUGCCGAGGGGCUGGUCCAGGGUUACUCACGGCCCUGGCGGGACCAGGCCACUGCCUGCGGCGUCCGAGUUCCAGCCCUCCGGAUCUGGCCUCCAGGAGCCGCAGGACGUCCAUACUGUUCCUCUUCACUUCUCGGGGUGGGGAAGAGGAUGGAGGGGGCCCACCGUGCUCCUGGGUGUGGGGAGGUUUGGGGGGAGCCUGGUGGGUCAAGAUCUGCUUCCUAACUGUGAUGCCUCUGGGCUGUGCCGCCUUGGGCCGGCCGCUUCCCCUCUCUGGGCUGGAGUUUCCCGUUUGGACUAGGGUGUGGGGGUGCGUGACCCAUCUUGGGGAGAAAUGGGUGAGGUCACCCAGGGUACAGGGUGCGACAGAGCAGACCCUCAAUAAACUCAGUUUCCUUCCUUCUA